AUGGGUGCCCCGACGUCGGAAGUGAGGUUCUGCGGUCCCGGAAGACCACCACCGCCCGAUCCGAGGACCGUGGCCGGUGGCAGCGGACGGACGGGCCGCUGGACACAGCCCGGACUCGGCACCGUUUGGCUCGCGCUGCUGCUACUGUUGACCGUGGCCAGCCUCGGCACGGUGCAGGGCGAGAAAACGAAGACAUAUUACGUGGAAUCGAUCUGUAAAAAUCAUUUUCUACAGUUACUUUAUAGAAAAAUAGAUGGUGCUACCCUCGUGUCGAGGAACGAGCGGAACCUAAACUGUGGGUUCACGUUUCAAACACACUCCAUACUGCAGCGCUUUAUGUUGCGCUUCGAUACGCUGCAACUAGACUGUAACGACCAUUUGUAUGUAUAUGACGGUGCGCACGCCGUCGGGACGUAUAAGGCGGAUCUGACCUGCAAGGACACAAAACAAUCAGUGGGAGUGUUGCUCACGAAGACGAACUUUCUCACCUUUAAGUACGUGACCGACAACUGGGGCACGGAGACGAACGGUUUCAAGAUGGUCAUCACAUCCUUCAAGGAUUCCAAACUCAACUGUGCCGACUUCCGGUGCGCGCUGCAGGACUACUGCAUACACCAGGACCUCCGGUGCGACGGUGUGAACCACUGUGCGGACGGGUCGGACGAAACGAUCGGGCUGUGCCCCGGGCCCGAUCGCUACAUGAACACGAUCUUCGGCAUGGACCUGACGUGGGUCGUGCUGAUCGGGGUCAGCAGUUUGGUCGUGUGCGGGUGCAUCGCCGGCGUCGCGAUCUGCGUGUACGCGCGGAACUCACGCAGCACCCCAAACCAGCUGCACUCUUCGAUACAAUUGAACCAGAUGAUCGAAUCGAACGGUUCAUCGAAGCAUCUACAAGGAACUCUGCCGCGGGAAACAACAACGCUACCUGCUUCGGGAAACUUGCAUCACCCUGCGGGACCAUUAGGGUACCUCCGCAUUCCACACAAAUUGAUGGCCAAAGUCCGUCCCAUUUGGUGCCUGGCAAAUUACGACAAUUAG